AUGGAGCCCGGCGAUAGGACUCCCAUCCUGCCAGAAGACGGCAGCACAAUGCAGCCCUUUCUGCUGCGCAUCGAGCGCCGGUACGCGCUGAAGGGAAUGGAGCCGCGCGAGUGGGGAAACGCGCUCAUAGACCAUCUCGUGGGGCCGGCUCUAACGUAUUGGAUGUAUCUACAGCGAACUAUCGAUCUAAGCGACUGGACGACCGUAAAGCACCGGCUUUUGGAACGGUUUAACAGAACAAUGUCACCGAGCGAAACGCUAUCUGAGUUGGCUAAAGUGCGAUGGAAUGGUAACCUGAAGGAAUACACGGAGCGGUUUGCGACUGUAGCGGAGCGGGGCAUGAGUCUUACCCCUGCUGAACUCGCGGAAUACUACUGCACAGGGCUACCGACUGACCUCCACCUCUCAAUAACUAAUGAGGGACACAUGAAAUACCCGACGUGGGAACAAGCGGCGACAGCCGCAGCACGGUUCUACGAGCCCAAGCAGAGCUUGCUGGAACUCCGCGAAAGAAACAGUCGAGCCCUUAGGGCUGCCCUACAAGCUAAUGGACCCCGUGGGCGCCAGGAAAUAGGAAAUCGCUCUGGGGGAGCCCGAGGAAACUGUUUUGAGUGUCAGGGAUGCGGACACCCGGCACGCGUCUGCCCCAGCAAAGAGGAACGCACCAAGCGUCCGGGGGAAACCUGCAAGAGAUGUGGAGGUGUGGGACACUAUGCUCGGGACUGCGCCACGUAUGAACGCGGCAUGCCUGAGCCGGUGGACCAGCGCGGUGGAGCGCCCGCCCGUCCUAGCACUGAAACGACGGAGCGAUUAAACUUGCGGGCCUAG